CUAAAGAGCUUUGAGUCCUGCUGCUUCUGGAAAAAGGCUCUGUACAUGUGUUUAUCAUCAUCAUCAUCAUCAUCAUCAUCAUCAUCAUCAUCAUCAUCAUCAUCAUCAUCAUCAUCAUCAUCAUCAUCAUCAACUUGGGUGCAAACUUUGUGGAUUAUGUUUGUGGGUUAUGUUGUUUUGUUCUGGCCGUUGUCAUAAGCCAUAAACAGCUCAACCAAUCAGGUGUAAGACUAGACAAGAAUUUAGUUUGAAACCUAUGUCAGUGAGUUUGUGAGUCAAUGUCAUUUUCCACAGUCCACGUGUGCUUGAAUAUUGCUGUUAAUCAAACUAAUUAAUUAAUUCAUUUAUUUUUUCUGUUUCAGAAAAAGACAGAUUUUGAAGUCAGUGAUCUCAACACAUGACGUCUCGUAUCCUGUCUCUGUCUCUGUCUCUCUGUCUCUCUGUCUCUCUGUCUCUCUGUCUCUCUGUCUCUGUCUCUCUGUCUCUCUGUCUCUCUCUCUCUCUAUCUCUCUUAUCUCGUUCUCUUGUCGACUACGACACCUUAAUGCAUAUCUACUAAUCUCUGAAAUGACGCUGUUGUCAAAUCGCAUUCUGCGAAACAGUCGGUGGGUGGGGGUUAAAGUGGGAGAUCAUUGGUGGUUUACGCCGAGCCAACAGCUAAGACAUUAUCACAGGUAGGCAGCCGGUCCUCUAAGCAGGAGACACAUGCAAACAAAAGAACAGUGUGCCCGAGACGAGCUCUGAAGUAAGUACAGCAGCCCACACUGUAUUGGUAACCAGGCGGAAUCCACCGAAUGGCGACAAAGAUUUUUCAGCCCAGUUCUCGAGCUUCCGGUUUCCUGUAUGUAGAAGACAUGGAGCCUUAUGAACGACCUGGCGUACCUCACUUUAACGGCCCUUUGACAUCCGCCGUCAGUGCGAGUCCUGAACAGGGAAAUCCUCCAGGAGGACCUGCUACUCAAAAGACAUUAAUCAAGACCUUCAUCAAAAGAUUCAAGUGGUAUUACCUGUUCGCUGCAUGUAUAAUCAUCACUCUUUUGGUUGUGGUCAUCGUUAUCUCUGUAUACUACUCCAAAAGAAAUACAGAAGAAAACGUGAGCUGCCUCACUUCUAUUAAUCGAGUCAAGGUGGACGACAGGCAAGAUGCAGACUUUUUGGCGCUAAUUGUAUUUUUCUGGCCAUGGUCACCUGACAUGGAGGAUACAAACAGUCCGAUGUACGAGGAAACAAUCAGUAAAGCUGAAUACUGGGUGACUGAAAUAUUUCAGGCGAGUUUCCUGUCCUCUUGUAUCAGAUCUGCUGCGACAGAAAUGAUGGGUCUUGGCGGGAAUAUUUUGGUUCGCUUCGUGCUGCAUGUGAGCUGUGACACUGCAACAGAAAUUGAAGUAAACAAAGCCUACAUCGAGGGUCACUUGCUCCUGCACAGAACACAGGACAAAAGCCGUGUGGUCAGCAUCAGUAAACAUAUUUAUCUUAAGAAAUUGAACAAGAAAAUCCCUACCUCAGUAGCCGUACCACCAUCUGAAAUACCUGGCAAAGGUCAUGCAGACACAAAUGUGAGUUGCCCGCCUUCUCCACCUCGAGUGAAGCUGGACUACAAUCAAGGUGCAGACUUCGAGGCGCUAAUUCUAUUCUUCUGGCCAUGGUCACGUGACAUGAAGAACACAAACAGUCCGAUGUACGAGGAAACAAUCAGUAAAGCUGAAUACUGGGUAACAAAGAUCUUUCAGACCAGUUCACUUUUCUCGUGUAUCAGACCCGCUGCGACAAAACUGAUUGAUCAAGGCGGCAAUAUUCUGGUUCACUUCAAGCUGUAUGUGAGCUGUGACAAUGCAGCAGAAGUAGAAAUAAACAGAGCCUACAUCGAGGGUCACUUGCUCCUGCAGAGAACACAGGACAGAAGUUGUGUGGUCAGCAUCGGUCAAGAUAUUCACCUUCAGCAGUUGAGUAAUACUAUCUCUUCAAAAGACCCAGAUUAUCCAUCUAAAAUAAAUGACACCAUCUGUGGUCAGUCUCAGAUGUACUCUGUUCCUAAAAUUAUGGGUGGUCGGCCUGUAAAACGCGGAGAGUACCCGUGGGUAGUAAAGCUUUUGAUUAGUACGGAUAAAAUUACACUAUGUGGAGGCACCAUUUGGGACUACAACCACAUCCUAACGGCGGCACACUGCAUCGCUAUGCUGCCAAUGGACAACAGCACAGGACUGGUAGACUCACAAGGUAUAAGUGUCAUUGCCGGUAAGUGGGAGACAUUAAUUCCUUCCCGUAACGAGCAGUACAGAAGGGUCAAGUCCGUACGAAUUCACAAAGACUUCAAAGGAAAAAUUGGCAAUAUAGCAAACGACAUUGCCCUAUUGAAACUGGCCAAGCCGUUACAUCCCACCCAGCUAGUGAUGAAAGUGUGUCACCCUGAUGCCAGCAUCCAGCUACCAAACAAGGGCAUUGUUGCAGGCUGGGGACGAACGAAGGUGGAACCUAAAACAUUUCCUGAGGUACAGCAAAGUGUAGAACAAACUCUAUUAAAUGCAAGCGACUGCAUGAAGCUGAUGACACUUCAAGGCUAUUGGAUUCACCUGACCGACGGGACACUAUGCUCAGUUAACGAUGAGCUAGAAGGAAAAAGUGCUUGUAUGGGGGAUUCUGGUAGUCCACUUUUUGCGAAUGUGGGAACCGGAGGUGAUGAACGUUACACAAUCUUUGGCAUCGUCUCGCACGGUAUGGCGUGUGGAAGAUCCCCUACAGUGCAUACGUCGGUUCCACAUUACCUUGAAUGGAUCCAAAGCACAAUACAAAUGUUGCAACACUUGUAAACUAUAGAAAUUAACAGCAUUGGCAUACACACACUCGGUCUAUCUACCUGUUUGUCCAUAAAAAUAUAAAUAUAUAUAACGAGAGGCCAAUGUUGCAUCCACGCAGGUCGUGUGAUAAACCAAACAAUGUUGAUAAAGCUGUAAUA